CACGUGACCGGGCCCGGCCGCGGCGGCUGGGGCCGGAGGGCGCGGCGCGCGGACGCGACGGCCUGGCCAGGCGGGGCCGGAGCAGAGCAGGCCGGAGCGAGCCAGGCGCCGGGGAGGGUCUCGCCGCGCCCGCUCCCUCCCGGCCCCGCGCGGGGCGCACGCGCGCUCCUCUCGCCGCCCCUCCCUCCGCGCGGGGACCCCCUGGCGGGUGGCAGGAGGACAUGGCCAGCGACGCUGUGCAGAGUGAGCCACGCAGUUGGUCCCUGCUGGAGCAGCUGGGCCUGGCGGGGGCAGACCUGGCAGCCCCUGGGGUGCAGCAGCAACUGGAGCUAGAGCGGGAGCGGCUGCGGCGGGAGAUUCGCAAGGAGCUAAAGCUGAAGGAGGGUGCUGAGAACCUGCGGCGGGCCACUACUGACCUGGGCCGUAGCCUGGGCCCUGUGGAGCUGCUGCUGCGUGGCUCCUCACGCCGCCUUGACCUACUGCACCAGCAGCUGCAGGAGCUGCAUGCCCACGUGGUGCUGCCUGACCCCGCCGCCACCCGGGAUGCCCCCUACUCCCCGGGUGCGGGCGGACCUGCCUGCUCGGCCACCAACCUGAGCCGUGUGGCGGGUCUGGAGAAGCAGCUGGCCAUUGAGCUGAAGGUGAAGCAGGGGGCAGAGAACAUGAUCCAGACCUACAGCAACGGGAGCACCAAGGAUCGGAAGUUGCUGCUGACAGCCCAGCAGAUGCUGCAGGACAGUAAGACUAAGAUCGACAUCAUCCGCAUGCAGCUCCAUCGUGCACUGCAGGCUGGCCAGCUGGAGAGCCAGGCAGCACUAGAUGAUGCCCAAGGAGGUCCGGACCUAGGGGCUGUGGAGCUGCGCAUCGAGGAGCUGCGUCACCACUUCCGAGUGGAGCACGCUGUGGCUGAAGGCGCCAAGAACGUGCUGCGCCUGCUCAGUGCGGCCAAGGCGCCUGACCGCAAGGCAGUAUGCGAGGCACAGGAGAAAUUAACAGAGUCCAACCAGAAACUGGGGCUACUGAGGGAGGCCUUGGAGCGGAGGCUUGGGGAGUUGCCUGCCGACCACCCCAAGGGGCGGCUGCUGCGUGAAGAGCUUGCUGCAGCCUCGUCUGCCGCCUUCAGUGCCCGUCUUGCGGGGCCUUUCCCCGCCACGCACUACAGCACCUUGUGCAAGCCCGCACCGCUUACAGGCACCCUGGAAGUUCGUGUGGUGGGUUGCAGGGACCUUCCAGAGACCAUCCCCUGGAACCCUUCACCUUCAGUCAGUGGACCUGGGACCCCAGACAGCCGCACCCCCUUUUUGAGCCGCCCAGCCCGGGGCCUUUACAGCCGAAGUGGGAGCCUCAGUGGCCGGAGCAGCCUCAAAGCAGAAGUGGAGAACACCAAUGAGGUCAGCACCGUGCUUAAGCUGGAUAACACAGUGGUGGGCCAGACAUCCUGGAAGCCGUGCAGCCCCAGCGCUUGGGACCAGAGCUUCACCCUGGAGCUGGAGAGAGCUCGGGAGCUGGAGUUGGCUGUGUUCUGGCGGGACCAGCGGGGCCUGUGUGCCCUCAAAUUCCUGAAGUUGGAGGAUUUCUUGGAUAACGAGAGGCAUGAGGUGCAUCUAGACCUGGAACCCCAGGGCUGCUUGGUGGCUGAGGUCACCUUCCGUAACCCUGUCAUUGAAAGGAUCCCUCGGCUCCGUCGGCAGAAGAAAAUCUUCUCGAAGCAGCAAGGAAAGGCAUUUCAGCGUGCCAGGCAGAUGAACAUCGAUGUUGCCACAUGGGUGCGACUGCUUCGGAGGCUCAUUCCAAAUGCUACAGCCGCAGGCACCUUCAGUCCUGGGCCUUCUCCAGGGUCUGAGGCCCGUCCUGCAGGCGAUGUAUCAGUGGAGAAGCUAAACCUUGGCGUUGAAUCAGACAGCUUGCCCCAGAAGAGCCCACUAAACCCUCCUUCUAGCCCAUUGAGCCUGAGUUCCCCGAUCCAGGAAACUACCACCACUCCCAAGCUGCCUUUGGAGACCCAGGAGACCCAAGGCCCCACCCUGUGCAGCCCUCUGAGGAAGUCGCACCUGACCCUCGAGGAUUUCAAGUUCCUGGCGGUGCUGGGCCGGGGUCACUUUGGGAAGGUGCUGCUCUCUGAAUUCCGGUCCAGUGGGGAGCUGUUUGCCAUCAAGGCUUUGAAAAAAGGGGACAUUGUGGCUCGAGAUGAGGUAGAGAGCUUGAUGUGUGAGAAGCGGAUCUUGGCUGCAGUGACCAGGGCAGGACACCCCUUCCUGGUGAACCUCUUUGGCUGUUUCCAGACACCAGAGCAUGUGUGCUUCGUGAUGGAGUACUCCGCCGGUGGGGACCUGAUGCUGCACAUCCACAGUGACGUGUUCUCUGAGCCCCGUGCCGUCUUUUAUUCGGCCUGUGUGGUGCUGGGGCUGCAGUUCCUCCAUGAACACAAGAUCGUCUACAGGGACCUGAAGUUGGACAAUUUGCUCCUGGACACUGAAGGCUAUGUCAAGAUCGCGGACUUUGGCCUCUGCAAGGAAGGAAUGGGCUAUGGAGAUCGGACAAGCACAUUCUGUGGGACCCCGGAGUUCCUGGCACCUGAGGUGCUGACAGACACAUCCUAUACACGAGCUGUGGACUGGUGGGGGCUGGGUGUGCUGCUCUACGAGAUGCUGGUCGGUGAGUCCCCAUUCCCAGGGGACGACGAGGAAGAGGUCUUCGACAGCAUUGUCAACGAUGAAGUCCGCUACCCGCGCUUCUUGUCAGCAGAAGCCAUUGGCAUCAUGCGAAGGCUGCUGCGGAGGAAUCCUGAGCGGAGGUUGGGAUCCAGCGAGAGGGAUGCAGAAGACGUGAAAAAACAGCCCUUCUUCAGGACACUGGGCUGGGAUACACUGCUGGCCCGGCGCCUGCCGCCGCCCUUCGUGCCCAAGCUCUCGGGCCGCACCGACGUCAGCAACUUUGACGAGGAAUUCACAGAGGAGGCCCCCACUCUGAGCCCGCCCCGCGAUGCAAGGCCCCUUACAGCCGCUGAGCAGGCUGCCUUCCGGGACUUCGACUUCGUGGCCGGGGGCUGCUAGCCCGUCCUCAUCCCUGCCCUUGCCCUGCCUCUGCCUGAGAGCUCUUAGUUUUUAAAAAGGCCUUUGGGGUUUGCC